GCCAGUCCCCUGUUGUUCUCUGUCCCCCAGUCUGAGCCCAGAGGCUCUGAUUGUGUGCGUGUCGCUUCCGGCCGGACUCAUGGACUUGCCGCUGAGGUUUGAUGGGCGGGUGGUACUGGUCACCGGCGCAGGGGGAGGAUUGGGCCGAGCCUAUGCCCUGGCUUUUGCAGAAAGAGGAGCAUUCGUUGUUGUGAAUGAUUUAGGAGGGGACUUCAGGGGAUAUGGUAAAGGCUCCUUAGCUGCUGAUAAAGUUGUUGAAGAAAUAAGAAGGAAAGGUGGAAAAGCAGUGGCCAGCUAUGAUUCAGUGGAAGCAGGAGAGAAGAUUGUGAAGACAGCAUUGGAUGCUUUUGGAAAAAUAGAUGUUGUGGUCAACAAUGCUGGAAUUCUGAGGGACCGCUCCUUUGCUAGGAUAAGUGACGAAGACUGGGAUAUAAUCCAUAGAGUUCACUUGCGGGGCUCAUUCCAAGUGACCCGAGCAGCAUGGGAUCACAUGAAGAAACAGAAUUAUGGAAGGAUCAUUAUGACUUCAUCAGCUUCAGGAAUAUAUGGCAACUUUGGCCAGGCAAAUUAUUGUGCUGCAAAGCUGGGUCUUCUGGGCCUUGCAAAUACUCUUGCAAUUGAAGGAAGGAAAAGCAACAUUCAUUGUAACACUAUUGCCCCUACUGCUGGGUCACGGCUGACUAAGACUGUUAUGCCUGAAGAUAUUCUGGAAGCCCUGAAGCCAGAAUACGUGGCACCCCUGGUCCUUUGGCUUUGCCAUGAGAGUUGUGAGGAAAAUGGCAGCUUGUUUGAGGUUGGAGCAGGAUGGAUUGGAAAAUUACGCUGGGAGAGGACCCUUGGAGCUAUUGUAAGACAGAGGGAUCAGCCAAUGACUCCGGAGGCAGUGAAGGCUAACUGGAAGAAGAUCUGUGACUUUGAGAAUGCCAGCAAGCCUCAGAGUAUCCAAGAAUCAACUGGCAGUCUAAUGGAAAUUCUAAGUAAAAUAAAUUCAGAAGGAGGAGUUUCAGCAAAUCAUACCAGUCACACAGCAUCUGCAGCCACAUCAGGAUUUGCUGAAGCUAUUGGCUAUAAACUUCCUCCAUUUUCUUCUGCUUAUACGGAACUGGAAGCUAUUAUGUAUGCCCUUGGAGUGGGAGCAUCAGUCAAGGAGCCAAAAGAUAUGAAAUUUAUUUAUGAAGGAAGUUCUGAUUUCUCCUGUUUGCCUACCUUUGGAGUUAUCAUCGGUCAGAAAUCUCUAAUGGAUGGAGGAUUAACACAGAUUCCUGGGCUUUCAGUCAACCUUGCAAAGGUUCUUCAUGGGGAGCAGUACUUGGAAUUAUAUAAACCAUUUCCCAGAGCAGGAAAAUUAAAAUGUGAAGCGAUUAUUGCUGAUGUCCUAGAUAAAGGAUCUGGUGUAGUAAUUCUUUUGGAUGUCUAUUCUUAUUCUGGGGAGGAACUUAUAUGCUAUAAUCAGUUCUCUGUCUUCCUCGUUGGCUCUGGAGGCUUUGGUGGGAAGCGGACAUCAGAUAAAGUCAAGGUAGCUGUAGCCAUACCUAAUAGACCUCCUGAUGCUGUACGUACAGAUACCACCUCACUUAAUCAGGCUGCUUUGUACCGCCUCAGCGGGGACUUGAAUCCCUUACACGUCGAUCCUAGCUUUGCUAGCCUAGCAGGUUUUGAUAAGCCAAUAUUACAUGGAUUAUGUACUUUUGGAUUUUCUGCCAGGCAUGUUCUACAGCAGUUUGCAGAUAAUGAUGUGUCAAAAUUCAAGGCAAUUAAGGCUCGUUUUGCGAAACCAGUAUAUCCAGGACAAACUCUACAAACCGAGAUGUGGAAGGAAGGAAACAGAAUUCAUUUUCAAACCAAGGUCCGAGAAACUGGAGACAUCGUCAUUUCAAAUGCGCAUGUGGAUCUUGUGCCAACAUCUAAUAUUCCAAAAAAGCCAUCCUCUGAGGAUGGGGAACUUCAGAGUACCCUUGUAUUUGAGGAAAUAGGUCGCCGCCUUAAGGAUGUCGGGCAUGAGGUGGUAAAGAAAGUAAAUGCUGUAUUUGAGUGGCAUAUCACUAAAGGUGGAAAUAUUGCAGCCAAGUGGACUAUUGACCUGAAAAAUGGUUCUGGAAAAGUGCACCAAGGCCCUGCAAAAGGCUCUGCUGAUACCACUAUCAUACUGUCAGAUGAAGAUUUCAUGCAGGUAGUCCUGGGCAAGCUUGACCCUCAGAAGGCAUUCUUUAGUGGCAGACUGAAGGCCAGAGGGAACAUCAUGUUGAGCCAGAAGCUUCAGAUGAUUCUUAAAGACUAUGCCAAGCUCUGAAGGGCACGCUACACUAUUAAUAAAAACAGAAUAAUUAAAUAC